CCUCUCUAUGUAGUCUGCUCUGCACAGGCCUCGCAUCUCUGCGCGCAACAGCAACGCCGCGCCGCGGCCCCGAUCAGGAAGUGAAUUUGAAGAAAUAAGCGAGUGUGGAGUGAGAAUGACAUAGAGGGGGAGAGGUGGGAGAGAAGCGAGCGGAGGAAAGAAGAGACCAGCCGAGGGAGGAAUCGACCCCGUUUCAGGACCCGUAUCGAGCUGCUCCCCUCUUGGAUAUUGGGCAUAACGCACCGACAGAAAAUGCUCAUUAAGGAAUUUCGAGUGAUUCUUCCUAUCUCUGUGGAGGAGUACCAGGUUGGCCAGCUGUACUCUGUAGCCGAGGCCAGUAAGAAUGAGACGGGUGGAGGAGAAGGAGUGGAGGUGCUAAAAAAUGAGCCGUAUGAGAAAGACGGAGAGAAGGGGCAGUACACACACAAAAUUUACCAUUUGCAGAGUAAAGUGCCGUCAUUCGUCAGAAUGUUGGCUCCAGCUUCAGCUCUCAACAUACAUGAGAAAGCCUGGAACGCAUACCCAUACUGUCGCACAGUUAUCACUAAUGAGUAUAUGAAAGAAAACUUCUUGAUCAAGAUUGAGACAUGGCACAAACCUGACACGGGACACCUGGAAAAUGUGCAUGGUUUGGAUGCAGAGACCUGGAAGAAAGUUGAUGUCGUAUAUAUUGACAUCGCGGACAGAAGCCAAGUGGAUUCAAAGGACUACAAGCCAGAGGAGGAUCCUUGCAGGUACAAGUCAGCGAAGACAGGACGAGGCCCUCUAGGACCAGACUGGAAGAAGGAACUUCCUAAGAAGACAGACUGCCCACACAUGUGUGCCUACAAACUGGUCACUGUCAAAUUCAAGUGGUGGGGCCUGCAAAAUAAAGUGGAGAGCUUCAUUCAAAAGCAAGAGAAGCGUUUGUUCACUAAUUUCCACCGUCAGCUGUUCUGCUGGAUCGACAAGUGGAUCGACUUGAACAUGGGAGACAUCCGCCGCAUGGAGGAGGAGACACGCAAGGAGCUAGAUGAGAUGAGAGUGAAGGACCCAGUGAAAGGGAUGGUGGCUCUAGAGGACUGAGUUUGUGUUGGACAGUGAAUUCUGCUGCUAAUCAGACCAGACGUCUAUUCCUACUAGCGCAACAUCUGACCGGCUGGUCCAAAUUGACUCCCCCCCCACCCCCCUCCUCCCUCCCCACCCCUGAUACAAUCUGGUUUUUAGGGACCUGGACCCAGGCAAAUCCCAGUUUUCAGAUGAUCUCCGCCACCACAUCCCACCUCCCUUGAGUCCCAUCCAUAUUUUCCCCAUUUUAUUAAGUGCUCUGAGGCCUCCAGUAGCACUUCAGAUGAGUCAGUCCUCUCUUUUUCUUUCUCAGUGUCUAAACUGUUGUACCUUACAGAUAAUGCUGUCAUUUAUCACCGCAAUUUAGGAUUUAUUUCCCUCUAAGAUAACCCAAUGGUGUAUAUAUACAGUAUACCCUUUAUUGGAGAGCAGAAUAAUUGUAUUUAAAUAUAUAUAGACUUACAUUUAUAUAUAUAUAUAUAUAUAUAAUAUUUUUGUCUGUGGCUGUUUGUUCUUUUUUUCAGAACACGUUAUCUGUUCAGUGUUCAGUUAUGAUCCUGUUAUUGUUAUUAUUAUUUUUGGAUUUGUCAUGAUACCUCCUGCUCUCCUCUUGGGACAUGCAGUGUUUCCUCCCAUCGGCUGAACCAACGUGCACGUCUAUAAAGCACAGCUGUGAGGUUGAGGCUGUGCUGCUAAGAGGGUCAUUUUGUUUCUGCUGUGCUCCUGACCCACCAGAUAGCAUCUCCCUUUAUGUGUUGAGGCAUCCAUUGGCUUUUCUGCUUUUCUGCUUUGCGAGUUUGUGUGUGUGUGUGUCUGUAUGUGUGUGUGUGUGCGUCUACUUUUGUGUGGCUCUGUAGCGUUGUAAACUCAUCAUGGUUUCCAGGCAUGUUUUUAAUUUUUCACUCUCCAGAUCAUUUCAAGCUCAUUGGUUUCAACUUGUAGGGAGUGCACACUGUGUGUGUGUGGGCGCUAUAUGUUUAAAUGAGUAAAAUAUAUGAGUAAAACUGUGUCGCUCUGCAAAGCGACACACAUAUUGGACCGGCCAUAGAUGGGUCUUCACAUCCUUUUAGGUGCAAGCUCGGUGAUUUAAACAUUAGCAGCCAUCAACAAUACGCAGCUCCUGACGCUUGCUGUAGAUAGAUAAAUGAUUAAUUGAAAGUAAAACGUUAUGAGAUCUGCAUACGUUUUUGUCAGCCAUUCUGUCACCUCCAGUGGAUAAAUGGUCUUAUCCAGCAAUAGCAAUAACUACCAUGACACGUUGGUCUCCCUUUUUAUCCUCACAAUUAUAAUCUACUCUACUGUUCCUAUGCUGGAAACAGUCAGUAAUGCCCAUGCUGAAAGUCAAGGAUGGUUUAGCUGUUGAUUAACUAAUUAUUAAACGCUGGUUUUAUUGUGUAUGUCUUUGGAUGAGGCAGAUUUCUCUCCUACUUGAAUCUGAACCCUGUUACGUGUAGUAUUGUGGUUUUUCGGUAUAUGCAUGAGUGUACACGAGAGACAGUAGUGUCUUUGAAAAGAUCUCAUGCUGGCUGGUGAAGAAGGGAGGUAAUACAAGUAAUACAGCUGUGGAGUGAUGGCAGCAGCCAAUCGCCUUCCUCCCCUUGUUAAAGUCUGUUUGGCCUCCUUUGACCUCAGUAACUGUUACUAUCCAUCCUUUAUUUACCUUCCCUACACAUCCUAUAGACGCGUGGAACUUUAAAGAGCAAGCAACGGAUAACGACAGAACCAUCAGAACGAGUAUCAUACACACACACACACACACACACACACACACACACACACACAUAUUUGGAUUGAAUGUUGAAGAGUAUGACCAGCAGUUCCACUGAAGGGCUUUUCAAACAAAGACUGUAUCAAUUCCAGCUUGUAAUAAAAGGUCUGCAUUGGCCUAAUAUUUUCUUUUCUUUAUUUGUUAUUGUUGUUUUCCCGGUCUGGAGCAGCACGGUCAGGAAAAGCUAAAUCCAGUCUAACUCUUAACAUGACAGUGCACAGUAAAUCAUGAUUGUGUACAGGAUUGCUAUGACAUCUUUAGAUAUUGGUGAUGGCACCCUGAGGUGGAUUGUUGUGGUGGAUUUUCCAUUGUAUUGCAGCGUUUACACCAGUCUUCCAGAGCCUCUUAAAUUGUGAUUAUAGCACACGGAGGAGAAGCAUUUAAAGGCCUUUUUACAGGAUGAUAUUUUACUAAUGUCACUGUGUGGUCAUCUCUCAGCUGGAGCCAAUUCAUCUCAAUUUAUUUGACUUGCCAUGCAUACUAACGGCGGAAAAAUGGCCACUAGACUGCUCAGGGCAUUAUUGGCAACCGUUUAAGCAUAGAAGUUAAUACCUGCUUCCUCUUGGGUGAAUGAUUUCAUAUCCCUUUAUUUCUGUACGUGGGAUCAAGUUUUUAAUCUCGUUACUGCGUUUCUGUUGCCUCCCCUUUAAAGAAAAGGCUUCCGCCUCUCUGUGUGUGUCCAUCGAGCAUCUCACUCACCGUCUGUGAUGGGGCCAUCAACUGAAUCAUGGAGAUUUGUGGAUGUACUGUAUGUAUUGACUUUGUAAAUACUAAAUAAAGUACUUUAGAUGAACACAUAUAUAUAGAUCAGACUGUCCUGCCGGACCUUCACCGCGCCCCCCUGACUCUUGAUCCUCUUACUCCCUCUCUAUCACAGACCACACUGACCAAGUUGGGUUUUUAUUGUGAGUUGCUGGUAAGACAUUUAAAAAGAGACACUCACAUACGAUAGAUGGUUUUGCUGCGUAUUUGAUGAAGCAGCAAAGCAGCGAAGAGCUGCGUGUGGUUUGUAAUUGGAAGGGAAAAACAUUAACACCCUGUUCACUAUUUCCUCUCUUUGGCACGUUGUUAUUCCCCCACAGGGACCACGUUUUAUUGGCAGGACAGUGUAUAGAUAUAUAUUUUUGUUCCGAGUGUUGUUGUACCUCUGUUGUCGGUCUCUGAACUACACUCGCUUCUCUCGUGGAAAAAAGGAACACGUAACGGCAGCUUGGGUCAGUUGAUUGAUCCAUAUUAUUAGCUCACGUGUCAGUCUCGGUGGAAGUCAGAUUUCCCCCUUCGUGUGGUUUAUGAUGGCGACGGGAAAUUAUUUUACAUUAAGAAGCAGUGGGAGCCGCACGGUUGGAGUUAUAGCUGCAUAGAUUUAAAAAAAAAUGAGAAUAAGAUGAUUAGAUGUGGUUGGCAACAUGACACUAGGUCCAUUUGACAACUUACAAACUUGUGAGAGAACAUGGUUUAAAGGAGUGAAUCUCAUAGAUGUCUGUUGUUAGAUUCCUCAAUUUAUAAUCCGAAUAUGAAACCAAAUGAUUCCACAACCCCAAACUGUUUUAAAAUGUCUCUCUCUUUCUCUCUCUUCCUCUCUCUUGCUCUCUGUCACCCCUGUUAACUUGUCUCCUGUUUUUCUUUCUUUUAUUGUGAAUUUGUGCCUUUUUCGUCAUCUUCCAAUAACACUACUGUACAUUGGAGACCUAAAGAAAUGAAUAAAAAGAAGCAAAGCAACUGUA